CGAUCCAGUAUUCCAGUCUUUAUCAAUCCAAUUCUAUACGCUACUCUAUUCAUCCAUUCUAGCGUUCUGCGCAAUCAUCAAUUCCAUUCGAGUUAAAGGGUUUCUUAUUCCCUUUCUCCACUGAGAUUUAAUUGCUACUUUCCAGUGCUCUCUUUUGUUAAAUCUUUAUUAUUAGUCCCAAUUUUUUUAUUGUUUUGCAGUGUUAUUAUAUAAUACGGAGUAUGGUAUAAAGUUUCAAUCUUUAUUUGCACUUCUUUCUGUUCAUAGGAUUUCGGUUCCAAUGGAUGAGAUGGUCGGGCCUCGUUUAUACUGUUGCUGCAAAUGCAGAAAUCAUGUCUCAUUUCAUGAUGACAUAAUCUCAAAGGCCUUUCAGCAGGGAAGGAAUGGGAGAGCCUUUCUGUUCUCUCAUGUGAUGAACAUAACUGUGGGAACCAAAGAAGACAGGAAUCUCAUGACCGGUGUUCACACCGUUGCAGAUGUAUUCUGCGGGGAUUGCAAUGAGCUGUUAGGUUGGAAGUAUGAACGAGCAUACGAGGCCACACAAAAGUACAAAGAAGGCAAGUUCAUACUCGAGAAGUCAAAAAUCACAAAGGACAACUGGUAGCACAACCAUUCCCUCACCUUCAUCUUUCAUAAUAAUGAUAUAACCAUGUAAUUAAGCCUUGUAUCAUUCUUCUAAAUAUGUGGAGCAAGAACUAACCAUCCAUGGCAAUAUAAAUGAAUUUCUUCUAAUCCA